UUUAUUAUCCUAUCCCAUUAUUGAUUCAAGAUUUUAGAAACACCGACUGUCUCCGCCUUAUUUAUGGUUGGAGAAAGCGUCUUCGACGACAUUUGAAUUGGACUUUAAACGGAGUAGAUUUUUCACCUAGCAGCUAUAUCAAGGGAUUGCGCUCAUCUGUAUCAAGUUCUCGGUAGCUUCUCGAACUCAGAGGAUUCAGUUCGCGUGAGGUGAAAUUGUAAUGGCGGCUCUGAAGGAACUCCUGCCUCCGGUCAAGUCUAGUAGUACGACCUAUUAUGAUCAUUCAAAUGAUCCUUGGUUUAAACAGCGAUUUAGCUCAUCUGAGGCAGAGCAGGCCGUAGUUAUCAAACAUAGACCUGUACCUCCCUACUUGGACCGUAAAGGUUUUGUACCCCGGAAGGUGGAGGAUUUUGGGGAUGGUGGUGCGUUCCCUGAGAUUCAUAUUGCACAAUACCCUCUUGAUAUGGGUAGGGAGAAGUCUGCAAAACCAGGGUCAAAGAUUCUUGCUUUGACUGUUGAUGCCCAUGGUAACGUGGCUUAUGAUGCUAUUGUGAAGCAAAAUGAGAAUGCAAAGAAAAUUGUUUAUUCACAACACAAGGAUCUGAUUCCGAAGAUUUUGAGAAAUGAUGAGGAGAUGGAUGAGGAUGAGGAUGAGGAUUUGCAAAAAGAGAUUGAGGAGACAACUCAAGAGACUAAAGCAGCACUUGAAAAAAUUGUGAAUGUGAGACUAAGUGCAGCACAGCCAAAGAAUGUGCCUAAACAAUCUUCAGAUUCAAAAUAUAUUAAGUACAAGCCAUCACAGCAAUCGGCAGCUUUCAAUUCAGGGGCAAAGGAAAGAAUCAUCAGAAUGGUGGAGAUGCCGGUAGACCCACUUGAGCCGCCCAAGUUCAAGCACAAGAGGGUUCCCAAGGCUUCUGGAUCCCCACCUGUUCCUGUCAUGCAUUCCCCUCCUAGGCCUGUGACUGUGAAAGAUCAGCAGGAUUGGAAAAUCCCUCCUUGUAUCUCAAAUUGGAAGAACCCUAAAGGGUACACAAUUCCUCUUGAUAAGCGUCUAGCUGCUGAUGGAAGAGGUCUGCAGGAUGUUCAGAUCAAUGAUAAUUUUGCCAAGCUAUCAGAGGCACUUUAUGUUGCAGAGCAGAAGGCUAGAGAAGCUGUAGAGAUGAGAUCUAAAGUUCAAAAGGAGAUGAUGAUGAAGGAGAAGGAAAGGAAAGAGCAAGAACUGCGGGCUUUAGCUCAGAAGGCACGUUCUGAAAGAACAGGUGCUGCUCCUCCUGCAUCUGCUCCGAUCCCAUCUGAUAAAAGUGCAAUGGGUGUUGAUAUGGCGGGGGAUUAUGAGCGUGUGAGAGAAAGAGAGAGGGAUGUGCACAAGGAGACUAGGGAGGAAAGGGAAGAGCGACUGCAACGUGAGAAAAUUCGUGAGGAACGACGUCGAGAGAGGGAAAGGGAGAGAAGGUUGGAGGCAAAAGAUGCUGCGAUGGGUAAGAAGAGUAAGAUCACAAGAGAUAGAGAUCGUGACAUCAGUGAGAAGGUUGCUCUUGGUAUGGCUUCUACUGGUGCUGGCAGAGGAGGCGAGGUUAUGUAUGAUCAAAGGUUGUUCAACCAAGAGAAGGGAAUGGAUUCUGGUUUUGCCACUGAUGACCAAUAUAAUGUGUAUGACCGAGGCCUAUUCACAGCUCAGCCUACGCUUUCAACAUUGUACCGACCCAAGAAAGAUGUUGAUGCUGAUAUGUAUGGAGGCGCUGAUGAGCAGUUAGAUAAGAUCUUGAAAACAGAAAGGUUCAAAGCCGACAAGGCCUUUGCUGGUACUUCAGAGAAGGCUGGUCCACGGGACAGACCAGUUGAAUUUGAUGAGGCUACAGAAGAGGCUGAUCCAUUUGGUCUGGAUCAGUUCUUGACAGAAGUGAAGAAGGGUAAUAAGAAAGCGCUUGACAAGAUUGGCAGUGGUGGAACAAUGAGAGCUAGUGCUGGAUCUUCAAUGCGGGAUGGAUACGAUGGUGGUUCUGGCAGAACUCGCAUUGGAUUUGAGAGGGGCCACUGAGUACCCUCUUUCCUCCUUAUUCUUCAAUGGACCUGAACUUGGGACCUGGAACUCAUAAGUGGCUCUAUUUUAUUGUUUAAGCAAUGUCCAACUUCUACAUUAUCGAAAAUAUGCUAUCUUUGUAAUCUGGAUAACAGUAUGUGAGAUGAAUUGCUGAUUUAAGGUGGUGUCCGAAUUUCUCUAUUUUCUUUA